UUUAUGGUUGUGAACAAAGGCCACAAUUUCACGGUUGAAAGUUGAAACUUUUUCGCAAUCUUCAACAUCAAUUUUAACGUUUUUCAUUCUCAUUCAUUCAAGUUUCAGGACUUUCAAGGCAAGUUAUGCAACUAUUCUUAUAUUUUAGCUGUUGAGGUAUUGGGAUACUUUUAAUUUCUGCAAGGAAAUCUUCCUUUCGGUCAUUAUGCAUGUCUGGCCCUGUGGCCAUAGUUGCUGAUCAUUUGGAUGGAGGAGCAGUUUCUUGUGCUGACAGAACCAAAUCUCUUGAUGCCAUUUCCGAAUCGGAUCACUUAUCUAUAUGGACGAAUGGUGAAGCUGAUCAUUCCUCUGAAAUCGUUGGGUUUCGAGUUGGAGAACUCUUGCUUCCUAAUGGAGAAACAUAUUGUGGUUCACUUCUUGGCAAUAUGCCCGAGGGCCAUGGUGUGUAUGUCUGAUCCGAUGGAUGCGUCUACGAGGGCGAAUGGAGACGGGGUAUGAGAAAUGGUAUUGGGAAAAUUAGAUGGCCUUCUGGAGCAGUGUAUGAGGGUGAAUUCUCUGGUGGAUAUGUCCAUGGUACCGGAACAUAUAUUGGUUCGGAUAAGUUGACCUAUAAAGGGCGGUGGAGAUUGAAUCUUAAGCACGGUCUUGGUUACCAAGUUUAUCCGGAUGGAGAUAUCUUUGAAGGCUCUUGGAUAAGAGGAACACCAGAGGGGCCUGGGAAGUAUACAUGGGCAAAUGGGAAUGUAUAUUUGGGGAAUAUGAAAGGCGGGACGAUGUUGGGGAAAGGUACUCUAACAUGGAUAACCGGGGAUUCAUUUGAAGGAAAUUGGUUGAAUGGCAUGAUGCAUGGGUUUGGAGUAUACACCUGGAGUGAUGGAGGCUGCUAUGUUGGGACUUGGUCACUCGGUCUAAAAGAUGGUAAAGGAACUUUUUAUCCUAAAGGCAGCGGUCUUCCAUCCGUACAAGAAAUCUACCUCAAAGCUUUGCGGAAAAGAGGGCUUUUGCCGGAUUUGAGAAAGCAGAGCCAGGUUGGAGAUGUCAAGCUUCGUGAGAAUCAGAGAUCCAGUCGUGUUUCGUCUCAUAAACUUGCAAAGGGAAACCUGUUAAAUCUGGACCAGUCUAGUAGAACAAAUGUUUCUCUUGAAAGGCGUUGGAGUCUUGAGGUAUCAAUUGAGAAAGUGAUUGGACAUGAUUCUGCAUUCGAUAUAAACAAAGAGGUUAAUUCGAAGAUCCCAAUCUUGGAACGAGAGUACAUGCAAGGCGUAUUAAUAAGUGAAGUAGUGUUGAAUGAUAUGUUUACAUCCAUGUCUAGAAGGGCUAGGCGUCGACAAAGAAAGCUUGCAAGAGAGAUAAAAAGACCUGGUGAAGCAAUCAUCAAAGGUCACAGGAGUUAUGAUCUGAUGCUCAGUCUGCAACUUGGAAUAAGGUAUACUGUGGGCAAGAUUACGCCUGUAAAGAGUAGAGAAGUGCGAGCAUCGGAUUUUGGUAGCAAAGCAAGCUUUUGGAUGAAUUUCCCAAAAGAAGGUUCUCAAUUAACCCCUCCGCAUCAGUCAGAUGAUUUUAGAUGGAAAGAUUACUGCCCAAUGGUGUUUAGAAAUUUAAGAGAGUUGUUCAAGAUUGAUGCUGCUGAUUACAUGAUGUCCAUCUGUGGAAAUGAUGCUCUGAGGGAACUAUCUUCUCCGGGGAAAAGUGGUAGUGUCUUUUUCCUAUCUCAGGAUGAUCGUUUCAUGAUCAAGACGCUGCGGAGAUCUGAAGUCAAGGUUCUUCUAAGAAUGCUUCCAGACUAUCAUCAUCAUGUGAAGUCAUAUGAAAAUACACUCAUUACAAAAUUUUUUGGCCUGCACAGAAUUAAACCUUCAAGUGGUCAAAAGUUUCGCUUUGUUGUAAUGGGAAAUAUGUUCUGCACAGAAUUAAGGAUUCAUAGGAGAUUUGAUUUGAAAGGUUCUUCCCUUGGACGGUCAUCAGACAAGAUAGAAAUUGAUGAGAAUACCACUCUUAAAGAUUUAGAUUUGAACUACUGCUUCUACUUGGAACCAUCUUGGAGGGAGUCUUUACUAAAGCAGAUUGAAAUAGACAGCAGGUUUUUGGAAGCACAGCACAUUAUGGAUUACAGCCUCCUUCUAGGGGUUCAUUAUCGAGCUCCCGAGCAGCUGCGCCCACUCACGUCAUACAGCCACCGGAUGAGUGUGGACGGAUUGUCAAUGCUUGCGGAGGAAGACGCUUUGGAGGACGAAGUAUAUAACUAUCCACAAGGCCUUGUUCUUGUUCCUCGAGGAUCAGAUCAUGACAGCGUCGUUGUAGGCUCGCACAUUAGAGGUAGCAGGUUAAGAGCUUCAUCUGCUAAUGAUGAGGAGGUAGAUCUUCUUCUACCUGGUACAGCAAGGCUCCAAAUCCAGCUUGGUGUGAACAUGCCCUCGAGGGCAGAGCAGAUUCCAGGAAAACAGGACAAACAAAUGUUCCAUGAGGUAUAUGACGUUGUACUGUACCUCGGUAUCAUCGACAUACUGCAAGACUACAACAUGACUAAGAAGAUUGAACAUGCCUAUAAAUCUCUUCAGUUUGAUUCAUUAUCUAUCUCGGCCGUCGACCCUACAUUCUACUCGCGUCGCUUCCUGGAAUUUAUUCAGAAAGUGUUCCCGCAAAACUCGGUUUCAGGUUAAAAGCUUUUGAGAUUAAACUCAAAUUCAGAAGUGUGAACAUUAUCACCCUUUAUUCGGUAGGUGGCAAGUAAGUGUCAUCAUAAUCUGGUAUUGUAAUCUGUAUAUGAUCUAAGGUAGACUACGUCAAAUCAUUGCUUUUGGAUGUUUAAUCAUUAAAGGUGGGUGAUAUAAAGUUAGAGAAAUGUUAGAGGACCAUUAAAAUAUGGAAAAGUAUAAGUAACCAAAAGCUUAUAAAUCUUUUAAAAUUAUAUUAAUUUAUAUUAAUAAUUAAUUAACUUUAAAUUUUUUAAAUUUAAAAUUUAAAAAAUUUUAAAUUGAUUAAAAAAACCUAAUUAAAACCUAUAAAAACCUUCAUCUUUUUCCUCACAUUAACCUAUCCACCUCCAACAAUCACACACAUAGACCCCUCUCUCUCACCGUCAGACCCUCUCCGUCUCUCCACCGUGAUCCACUCCUCUUCUAUCACCGACAUCUGGCUCGUCGAAUUCGCCACCGUAAGGAGAUGUUGUGGAACGUAAGGAAUGGAUAAUCAUGGUAGAAGAGUGUGAUUUUUAGAUAUAUCAUAUGACGUAGCAUGGAUACUAUUGAUGGUUAUUGCUGAAGGGAGACUGUGGCGUUCAAGGUUUUAUGUGAAGCAUUACAUGUUUGGUGAUAAGUAGAAUGCAAUGCGACUUCAAGUGAGAAGGGGCUGGAAUCCAUGUGUACUGGGUUUUGUUUUUAUUAGGGUCUAGGGAUAGUUAUUAUAUUAGUAGUUAAAGGAUAUGGAUGUUGACAAUGAUAUGGGAGGUUGUAUUCAUAUUUCUUUUGGUUCUUUAUGUUCUUCUAGGAGUUUCUUGACUGUUAUGAUCUAGUUCUCUUCAUUGAAUGCGUCCCUUUUGUGUUUGGACACACUCUUUUUUAGGAUUUCAUCACAUUGUAUGAAGAGAUUCUACCUUGUACACA